AUGACUAAGGGUGCUGGUAUGAGCAGAAGUAUGCACUUCAUACACUUGACGUGUCAUGUGGGCUCGCUCGUCGUGCGUCGAGGAGACAGCGUGAGAAUUUGUCGUGAAGAUAUGUGGCGUGGCGUGGAUGUCGUCAUGUGGCUGCAAGUGGUGAUAUUCAUAUUCAUUGUUCAACAGUUGUCAGAAGAAUGCGCUUUGUUAUGUUUGAUACGACUGAUCAUCAUGAGAUAUCUGGUUGCCACCAAGAAGAACAUCUGCAGAGCAGUUGAGAUGUGCAGCUUGUCACCAAAGUUAGUCUCAUCAACAUCCAAUGCAGAACUGAGGAAGAUUAAAAAACCCCUGAUUGAAAGAAAACGUCGGGAAAGGAUAAAUCACUGUUUGAGGGAGUUGAAGGUACUCGUGCUGGAGGCACGCAACAAAGAUGUUGGUAGUGAGUGCUGCUGUUGGAAUGUUGGUGAUGGUGAAGAUGAGUCUUGUUACUCGAAAAUGGAGAAAGCUGACAUAUUGGAGAUGACGGUGGCGUAUUUAAAAACUUUACAAAGGCACAGAAGCAGCGAAAUAACUUUUCCACAGCCGAAUAACUUCAUCGAUAUUUACAAAUGCUCAACAAAAAACAAAUGUAAAUUUUUGAACAAAACAAAUUUUUAUACAGCUUCCGACAGCGAAAAGAAUUUUUUAACAAAAACAAAUUCAUCAACACCAUCGGAGAAUGGUAAUGUGAAUUCGGAAAACAUCGGCCUCCCAGUAGACAGUCCACACAAGACCAACAACGACACUAACGUUUCUACGGCUGCAACGUCUGAAAUGUCACGCUGGGAUAUGGGUGGUCAAUCUAAUCAUCGAAAUAACUUUCUAAGUGAAAAACAAGCGGACAGACACAAUUUUUUAACUAACAUAACAAACAAACUAUCCAAGCCUACAAAUAUCAUUCUUAUGAAUUUGGAAAACUCAACCGACUUUAAAACAUCUUCACCAGCUGGUAGUUCAACACCAAGUAACGAGGGAAACGUGCAUUUUACAACAACAAAUAAAUUAAAAGCUAUAAAAAUGAAAGAUUUUUCGCCGUUAGUCCUACCCUCGCCGUUGUCAUCUCCCGUCACAUUUUCAACAGUCAUCAGCAAACAUAUUUGGAGGCCUUGGAUUCAUGCCUUGUGA